AUGAAGAGGGUCAGAGUAUCUCAGUUCAUAACCCAAAGUGCAGCCAAUGGGAAGUUACCUCCUGGCUCUAUGGGUUUCCCCUUUGUUGGGGAGACCAUUGAGUUUAUCUUAAAUAGAGAGGCAAUCCGUGUUCCCCCAUUUGUCCAAAAGAGACUUGCGAGAUAUGGACCAAUAUUUAGGACCAAUUUAUUUGGCCAAAAGAUGGUUGUGAUAGCUGAUUCAGAAAUUGCUUACCGGCUGUUUCAUCAAGAAGAGGAACACUAUAAGAUUACAACCCCAGGAGCGCUUUUCAAGUACAUGAAAAACUUGGUUUUGCCACUCAUUGGGUCUGAAAAUUUGAAGAGAACAUUGUUGCGUGAAAUAAAUGAGUCCACCACUCGGAGACAUGUACAAUCAUGGGCUAGCCACGAUGUUGUGGAUGUCACAGAAGCAACCUCAACUAUGAUACUUGAAUAUAUUGCUAAGCGGGUCAUUAGUUACGAUGAGUCGAAGGAUGCGAGGAAUCUGAAAGAAAAUUACAAUGCAUUCGUCCGUGGUAUUGUAUCGAUUCCAUUGAAUAUACCAGGGACUGGAUACCAUGCUUGUUUGCAAGCAAGAGACAAUAUAAGAAAAGCGAUCAAAGAUAUCUUUGAAGAGAGGAAGGCAUCGAAGAUGAAACAUGGCGAUUUUUUGUAUUGUUUACUUGAGGAAAUGAGGAAAGAAGAUAAUAUCAUGAGCGAAGCACUUGCUAGAGACAUUAUUUUUGGAAUUCUCUUUGGUACUUACGAGACCUCUCGUUUAGCCAUGACAAUGUUAGUGAAGUUUCUUUCUCAACACCCUGAAGUGGUAGCCGAAUUGAAGAAAGAGCACGAAGCAAUUAUUGAAAGUCGUGGUUUUGAAAAGUCUGAAAUUACAUGGGACGAGUAUAAAUCUAUGACUUUUACACAUAUGGUUAUCAACGAAACAAUUAGGCUUGGAAAUAUUCUGCCAGGAAUUUUCAGAAAAGUUGUCAAAGAUGUUCAAAUCAAAGGAUAUACAAUUCCGGCUGGUUGGAUGGUCAUGAUCAAUACAACAGUUCUUCAUUUAGAUCCUGACAAGUAUGACGAUCCUCUCACGUUUAAUCCAUGGCGAUGGGGGGGAAAGGAAAUGACUAAAAGUUCCAAGACUUUCAUGGGCUUUGGCUUGAAUCCAAGACUCUGUUUGGGAGCUGACCUGGCAAAGCUGCAAAUGGCAAUAUUUCUUCAUUACUUGGUUUUGAACUACAGAUGGGAAUUUGCUAAAGGAGGAGACAUCAUCCGAAGGCCUUGGUUAGAAUUUCCUAAUGGACUACACAUCAAAAUCUCAAAAUACUUGGAGUGA